UAAAUACCUUCUCUUCAUGCUUCUCAUUCCAAUAACACAUAAACUUCAUCAUCAUCAUCAUCAUCAUCAUCACCUUUAGCCAUGGCUCUUUCCAAGCUCAUACUCGCUUCCCUUCUCGCCUCGCUUCUCCUGCUUCAUCUCGUUGAUGCUAAUCAAUCGGUGCAAGCACAAUCGCAGGGUUCUCUUCUUCAGCAGAUAGACUGUAAAGGAGCAUGCGGUGCGAGGUGCCGUUUAUCAUCUCGUCCUCGUCUCUGCAAAAGAGCUUGUGGAACUUGUUGCAGUCGCUGCAACUGCGUCCCACCUGGUACUGCUGGAAACCAAGAAAUGUGUCCCUGCUAUGCUAGCUUAACUACUCGUGGUGGCAAACGCAAGUGCCCUUAAAUUUCAUGCACAAUUCUUUCAUAUUAUAUAUUAUAUCAUCAAAUAAUAUAUAUAUAUAUAUAUAUAUAUAUAUAUAUAUAUAUAUAUAGUGUGUGUGUGUGUGUUCUUGAGUGAAAGGUGAAGAAUAACGUUCUGAAAUAUCGAACCCCUUUUUCAAUUCUUGUUGAAUCAUCGAGUCUUGACGUGGAUAUGUAUAUUUAGACACUACAAAAAUUAAGAACUAUGUUGAGUUUCUGUUAAGGUUGUACUUGCCUUCGUUGUAAUGUUUCAUCGUUUGUAUCAGUGAGAAUUACGCCAUUUUAUUUAUAAUAAUUUAUGUAUUUGACUUUGUA